AUGGUCAUCAGGGAUAUCAGAUCGAAAUAUAUUUCUGAGAGAAUUGAGGAGGCGUUCCCUCAAGUAAAGACCCUUCAGAUCCAACAACUUCUCGACAACAAUGAGAAUAUGAUGGAAUCGUUCCUGAAAGGGGAUGCUGCAACUCCUGUCAUUUUAUUCUCUCUGCUUCCACCAGAGAAAAACAAUGAACCACAGCUCACGCUCAAGUCCACACAGGACCUUCCGCACAAAACACAAAAAGUUUUAUAUUUCAUCAGAAGAGGAAAUCAACCAGUCCCUUCGAAGGAAGCACAAAUUGUUGAUGCGUUUAUAUCUGGUGUUCUAGAUGGAAAUGUCAUUGACAAUAUGCACACCGUGAUUGAUCAGGUAUUUAUUCCUGUGUUCAGCGCCGAGGAUAUGAAUUGGGGAAAAUCAUCAUCCGAACAAACUAAAGAGUUAUUGAACACAACUAAAAGAUUUUCGGAUAAACUAGGAGAGGCUCUUUCAUCCAAAUCACCAACAAUCACGUUAACACGACCAGCCACAGAUAAACUCAUUUCCAACACUCCAACAGCCAUCAAAGAAGCGAAAGAUAACCUCGCUUUGAUGGGCUAUUAUGAGAAUUUGGUGAAAAUGUGGGUACAGGAAAUACAAAGAGUCAUUGAUGAUAACAAACCCAUGGAUAAUGAGCUCGGACCUACAGCUGAAAUUGAGUAUUGGAAAAACAGAUUCCUAAGAUUAAAUAGUGUGAUGGAACAACUGAAGAGAGAAGAAUAUAAAGCAAUUAUUUCUGCUUUGAAGUUAUAUCAAGCACCUCAGGAAUGGAUAGAUUGUGAUAUUGCACUAACCGAUGCAAUCAAUGAGGCCAAAGAUAAUGUUAAAUAUCUCACUUCUCUUGAAAAGUACAUUGAUCCGCUCUACAACUCACCUCCAUCACACAUAAUUGAAAUACUCCCUAGUUUAAUCAAGAAUAUUAGCAUGAUGUACAAUAUUGCUAAAUACUAUAGUUCUAAAGAAAAGAUGGAAAAACUUUUGGUCAAGAUAAGUCUCCAGAUUAUCCAAAACUGUAAAUACAAUAUUGAGAAAAAUGGCCGUUUGUGGGAUCAAGAUACAAACGAGCUAUUAACUAGUUUGAAAACUUGUAUAAGAUUAAAGGAAGAAUACGAGGGCUGCUACUUUGCCGAGAAGACCAAACUUCAACAACAAAAAGGAAGAGAGUUCGACUUUGACGAGUUGAAAAUUUUUGGUAAAUUAAGACUCUUUUGCAGAAGAAUUGAUACGCUAAUUGAAUUGUUUUUAACCAUUGAUCAGUUCCAUUCUCUUAGAAGUAAUAACAUUGAAGGAAUGGAUGAGCUUAUUACUCAAUUUUUUGGUUAUGUAGAUGAGUUGAAGAGAAAGUCAGCAAACCUUUUAGAUUAUCAAAGAAAUGCCUUCGAUAAGGAAUACAUGACUUUCAAUAAGAAGGUUGUUCAUCUAGAGCAAUACUUGCAAGUGUUCAUCAAUACCUGGUUUGAAAAUAUUUCUAGUAGCGAACAAGCUCUAGAAGUAUUGAAGAAAUUCAAAACCAUUCUGAAGAGAGAAACUUUGCAAACAGAGCUUGAAAACAAGUACACUGUUAUUUUCCAUAACUAUGGAUUCCAACUAGAAAAUAUCCAAAAGUUAUAUGAAAAGUACAAGACAAAACCCAAUUUGGUUAGAAAUGCUCCUCCAGUUGCUGGUAAAGUGAUAUGGUGCAGACAAUUAAUGAGAAGAAUAGAAGAACCAAUGUCCAAGUUCCAACAAAUUCCCACAAUCAUGCAAAGCAAGGAAUCUAAGAAAAUUAUUAAGACAUAUAAUAAGGUAUUAAUGGGCCUUAUUAAAUUUGAAACAAGCUGGUUGGAUGCAUGGAAAAAGUAUGCAGAAAAAGCAAAAGAUGGUUUACUAGCAACACUUCUAAUCCGUUUAGAUGACAAACUUUUUGUCAAUUUUGACAUUGAAAUCAUUCAACUCAUCAGAGAGAGCAAGUGGCUGAUGAGACUAGGAAUUGAAAUACCAGAUUCUGCUAAGACUGUAUUGAUCCAAGAGCAAAAAUACAAGGGUUACUACAACGAGCUUUCUUUUGUGCUGAAGGAACGAUUAAGGAUCUUGUCAAUGGUUAAAGAUGAUGUCAAACCUUUGUUGGCUCCUCACAUUGAAGAAUUAGAGAAGAGAAUUGAACCUGGUGUCACUACUCUUUCAUGGACCUCGAUGAACAUUUCUGUGUAUUUGAAGAGAAUCAAUAAGACACUAGAAAAGUUAGAAGAUGUCAUUUUGAAGAUUAAUGACAUUAUUGAUGGAAGAAUUCAAAAGAAUUUAAAUGAUAUUUCUAACUGCUCAUUCUUCAAUAUUCCAGAAAGUAACGAUAACACGCUCGAUCAAAUUGUGGAUAUGCAAGAUAAACACUCAAAAGAAAUCUCAGAGCAACUAUAUAACAAGAGUUUGGAAAUUGAAAGGGCAGUGGAUGACAUUGUAGAGGUGAUUUCUAGCUUCCCAUUCGAGGAGGCAAAGCAAAUCAUGACUGAAGAGUUAAUCACCGAUCUUAAGAACCAUUAUCACACUACCCUAUUGAAUUCACUUACAAGAUCAGUGACUGCUUCUUUGCAUAACUUUAGAAUGAGAACAAAGAGAGAUACACAUAGCGAUCCAUUCUUCAAGAUUAGUCUAGAGUUGAACAUCCCUGAGAUUAUCCUCAAGCCAAGUUUGAAUGAAAUUCAAGAAUCGUUCGACAGAUUAAUUCAGUCAGUUCUUGGAACAACUAAGGCCAUUCAACCUUGGAAGUGUAAGCAAGAUGUUCAUUUUUACAAACAAAUAUCUAAAGAUGGCGAAAUUGUUAAAACUGUAAUGGUUUUAAGCGGUAGUGCAAACGCUAUAUCCAAGGAAAUUGGUAUCUUUGUUUCGAAAUUUGAAAGUUAUGGCUAUCUUUGGAAGGAAGACAAGCAAGUUGCAUACAAAAAGUUUGUUGAUCGAUGUGUUGACAAGAAGCCAACAUUGGAUGAUUUUGAGAAGGAGUUGAACAAAUAUACUGUCUUAGACGGUCAAAUUAACGCUAUGCAAACUCACAGUACUGCAGGUCCUUUUACUUUGGACGCUGAUAACUUGAAGAAUUCAUUGCUACAACUUGUUACACAAUGGAAGGUUCAGUACGCCAACAAUUUACAUGAGAGUGCCACUGAAGAGUUAAAUUAUUAUUUGACUCUUUUUGAUGAAUCAACAAAGAGCCUUCAUCCUGAAAUCACCACACUUGAGGAUUUGAGAUUUGUGAUGGAUACAGUUAAAGAUGUUCGAUCUAGAGAAGCAAUGAUUGAAUAUCAUUUUAACAAGAUAUUGGAUAGAUAUUCAAUUCUUAAAAAGUAUGACGUCAAUGUUCCAAAAGAAGAAUUUGAUGAAGCUCACGACCUCACAGGAAAAUGGGAAAAGUUAACAAAACUUGCUAGCAAGGUUAACGAAACAGUUUCAAAAGUGCAAAACGGUUUCAAAACGCAACUUAUUUCAGAAGUCAAGAUUUUUAAACAAGACGUGGCACAAUUUUGGGCAGAUUUCCAAACUAACGGCCCAAUGGUUCCUGACAUUUCUCCAGAAGAGGCCAGAGAACGGUUGAACAAAUUCCAAAGAUUGUUUACAGAAAGAGAAAGAAAGUAUGAGGUCUAUAAAGAGGGAGAAAAGCUAUUCGGCCUUCCUCAACAAGAAUAUCCAGAACUAACCAAGAUGAAGAAAAUGUUAAAGUUAUACGAUACUUUGUACGAUUUAUAUAUCAAAGUUAAGAAGCAAGUUGGAAGUUAUGGAGAAUUACUCUGGUCGGAACUUGACUUCCCUGCCAUUACCGACGAAGUGAACAAGUUUGCCACAAAGUGUUCUUCACUUAAGAAGGCAGCGAAAGGUAUUGAGGCCUAUGAAAACUUGAAAAAAACUAUUGAAGACUUCCUUGAACUUCAACCUUUACUUGAGUCGCUUAAACAUCCAGCUAUGAGAUCAAGACACUGGGAGAAAAUUGAGGACUUGGCAAAGAAGAAGUUUAAGAAAGAAGAUGAGGUAUUUAAAUUAAAAGAUAUCCUCGAGGCUAAUUUAUUAGAAUGUAAGGAAGAAGUGGAAGAUGUUUGUAACUCAGCUCGUAAAGAAUUGGAAAUUGAAGAAAAGUUGAAAAAACUCACAGAAGAAUGGAAAGAUAGAGAGUUAUCUUUUGCCGAGUAUAAGCAUCGUGGCCCAAUCAUUUUGAAGGGUACAGAAACCCAAGAAUUGAUGGAACAAUUAGAAGAAGCUCAAAUGAACUUGGGAGGUAUUAUGGGAUCAAAAUACCUUGAACCAUUCAGAGAACUUGCAUCUGGCUGGAUGCAAAAGCUGACUUCAGUCACUGAAAAUAUUCAAGCAUGGAGACAAGUUCAAUCUCAAUGGCUUUAUCUUGAACCAGUCUUUGCAAGUGGUGAUAUCAAGAGACAACUUCCUCAUGAGGAUAAGAAAUUUAGUCACAUCGACAAGAACUGGGUAAAAAUUAUGCAAAAGGCAGUAGCAACACCAAACGUUAUUCGAUUUUGUUAUGAUAAUGAAAUGCUGAAAAUGUUGCCAGCACUUAAAGUCAGUCUUGAGGAAUGUCAAAAGGCAUUGGCAGGAUAUCUCGAACAAAAAAGAGAUAUCUUCCCAAGAUUCUAUUUCAACUCGGAUACUGCUUUACUUGAAAUUUUAUCACAGUCAUCAGAUCCUCAUGCAAUUCAACCUGCUUUAAUUACUAUUUUCGAUAGCAUUGCCAAGAUUACUUUUGAUGCAAGACAAGACAACAAGAUUUUGAGUAUGCACUCUCCUGAAGGUGAAGUUGUUCCUUUGAAUGAUGCUGUAGUUGCAGCAGGUAAUGUUGAGGACUGGCUUCAGAAGUUGGAAGAAGAAAUGCAAAGAACUUUGAGAUUUAUUGUACGAGAUGCAGCAGAAGAAUGCUCUACUUUGGCACUUGUCAGUUUUAUUGAGAAGUAUCCAGCUCAAGUAGCAAUUUUAGGUAUUCAAUUUAUUUGGACGAUUCAGUGCGAAACUGCUCUUAUGGCUGCAAAAUCCGAUAAGAGAGCAAUGAAUGAAAGCUUGAAAAAAAUUGAUGGUAUUUUAAGUGAAUUGACAACCUUGACUACAAGAGAACUAACCCCUCUUGAAAGAACCAAGAUUGAAACUCUCAUUACCAUUCAGGUUCACCAAAAGGACGUUUUCGCUGAGCUUGUAAAAGAUAAGGUCAAAGAGUUGAGUAACUUUGAUUGGCAAAAACAAGCAAGAUUCUAUUGGAAGCCUGAUCAAGACACAUGUAUCGUAUCUAUUGCUGAUAUUGAUCAAGAAUAUUGCUUUGAGUAUUUAGGAUGUAAGGAAAGACUUGUUAUUACACCUCUUACUGAUAGAUGUUACCUUACAUUGGCCCAGGCAAUUGGAUUGAAACUUGGAGGCGCUCCAGCAGGUCCUGCAGGUACAGGUAAAACAGAAACUGUAAAAGAUCUUGGUAGAACUCUUGGUAAAUAUGUGGUCGUGUUCAAUUGCAGUGACCAAAUGGACUACAGAGCCAUGGGUAAAAUCUUUAGAGGUUUAGCUCAAAGUGGUGCUUGGGGAGAUUUUGACGAAUUCAACCGUAUUGAACUUGAAGUGUUGAGUGUUGUUGCCCAACAAAUUCAGUCCAUUUUAUCAACCAUGAGAGAUGGUAAGAAGAAAUUUACCUUCACUGAUGGUAAACCUUGCAAACUGGAUGACAAGACAGCCAUUUUCAUUACUAUGAAUCCUGGUUAUCAAGGACGACAAGAACUUCCAGAAAACCUUAAAGUCUUGUUUAGAGGUGUGGCAAUGAUGGUUCCUGACAGAAAGAUUAUUAUUAGAGUCAAGCUUGCAGCUGCAGGUUACAAAAAGAAUGACAUUUUGUCAAAGAAGUUUGAUGUGUUGUACAGAUUGUGCGAACAACAACUCUCUAAACAGCCUCACUAUGACUUUGGUCUCAGAAACAUCCUAUCAGUUUUGAGAACUGCAGGAGAAACUAAACGUUCAAACCCUGAAAAAUCUGAACCAUUCUUACUUAUGAGAACUCUAAGAGACAUGAAUACCUCCAAACUUGUUGCUGAAGACGUUCCUUUGUUUAAUUCGCUUGUUGAAGAUUUAUUCCCUGGUAUAAAUCCAGAAAAGAGACGUUUCCCAGAAUUGGAAAAGCAACUUGAAGUACAAAUCAAACAGGCAGGUUUCGAAAACCACACACCAUGGGUUGAAAAGGUUAUUCAAUUGUAUGAAACUUGUUUGGUUCGUCACGGUAUCAUGGUGGUAGGUGCAGCAAGCUCGGGAAAGAGUGCUUGUUACUCUGUAUUGCUGAAAACCUUAAGUGUUUUAAAUCCAGAAAAACCAUACAAGCAACUCAGAAUGAAUCCAAAGGCUAUUACUGCAAAUCAAAUGUUUGGUAAAUUGGAUGUGAUUGCAAACGAAUGGACAGAUGGUAUAUUUUCAGAUCUUUGGAAACAAGCAAACAAGCAAAAGAAACAACAUAUCUGGAUUAAUUGUGACGGACCAGUCGAUGCUAUUUGGAUUGAAAAUUUGAACACUGUGCUUGACGACAACAAAUUACUAACAUUGGCAAAUGGUGAUAGACUUGCAAUGUCUCCUGACGUAAAGAUGUGCUUCGAAGUUGAAAAUCUUAACAAUGCAUCCCCUGCUACAGUUUCAAGAGCAGGUCAAAUUUACAUUUCUGAAUCAAUUCUUGGUUGGGCUCCUGUUUUGGAGUCAAGAUUGAAGGGAUUUUCAGGUAGAGUCAAUGAAAGCAUUCCAAGCAAUGAAGUACCUGUUCCUCCAUUCAAAGAAGAAGAAACGGCAAUUGUAAGAAGCUUAUUCCAAGCUCACAUUGAUGCUGGUUUAGAUUAUAUCAAGAAAGAACUCAAACAGGUUAUGAAUGUAGUUCGUGUCAACCAAGCAAUGACUUGCUUCAGCAUUAUUACCCAAUUAAUUCAAGAGCAUUCAAAGAAUGGAGAAAUUAAGCUCGAGAAGCCUCAUAUUGAAAUGCUUUUCUGGUUUUCAUUUGCAUGGUCCAUUGGUGGUCUUUUAGAAACCAAGGCAAGAAAAUUCUUUAGCGACUACAUCAAGACGAAAGCAUCUAGCUUCCCGACGGACAUGUCCGAUGAUGAAACAAUAUUUGACUUCUUUGUUGAUGUUACCUCAAAGAAAUGGAAAAAUUGGAAGAGUGUAAUUCCAUCUUGGAUUUAUCCUGAAAAUGAUCACUUGGAGUUCAGUACACUCUACGUUCCAACAUCAGACUCAGUGAGAACUACCUUCCUUAUUGAGACCCUUGCCAAACAAAAGAGAGAUAUUUUAUUUACAGGUGGUUCAGGUACUGCAAAGACUGUUACCAUUGAAAAUUAUUUAUACAACCUUGAUCCUGAAACAAUGAUGUACAAGAAGAUUAACUUUUCAUCUGCAACAACCCACAAUAUUUUCCAAUUUACUAUUCAGGAUAAUAUUGAAAAAAGAUUCAGAGUUUACGGUCCUCCCCAAAAUAAGAAGAUGGUAGUAUUUAUCGAUGAUAUUAACAUGCCAGAGAUUAACAGUUGGGGUGACCAAGUGACUAAUGAAAUUGUCAGACAGCUUAUCGAAGAAAAAGGAUUUUACAGCUUGAGCAAGAUUGGAGAAUUUAUUCAUAUAGAAGAUCUUCAAUUUAUUGCAGCAAUGUCUCACCCAGGAGGGGGUAAAAACGAUAUUCCUGAAAGACUUAAGAGACAUUUUGCCAUUUUGAACAUUACUCUUCCAACAGCUGCAUCUAUCGAUCAAAUCUAUGGUUCAAUUAUCAGAGGAAGAUAUAAUUCAUCUAGAUUUGGUGAUGAUAUCUUAAAGAUUUCUAACAACAUUACUCCAGCAACUAUUGAAUUCUGGAGAUUAAUUCAGGAAAAAAUGCUUCCAACACCAAAGAAAUUCCACUACAUUUUUAACUUGAGAGACUUGUCAAGAGUUUACCAAGGUUUAAUGCACUGCCCAGCUGACGUUGUUAGAACCCCACAAAUUUUGAUGAGCUUAUGGAAGCACGAAUGUGGCAGAGUAUUUUCUGACAGGCUGAAUGAUGUAAAAGAUAAGGCAUGGUUUGAUGAAGCAGUGACCACUAUUUCUGAUAAAUACUUUGGAAAAGAGAUGGCUAAUUUACCACUUGGCUAUUUCGUUAACUUCCUCAGAGAUCCUAUUAUUGACGAAGAUACUGAUGAGGUUGUAGAAGAAGCUCCAAAGAUUUAUGAACCAAUUGAAUCUAUUCAAUCAUUGAGAGACAGAGUAGAGGGUUUCAUGAAGAACUACAAUGCCGAAAGAAAACAUAUCAAGAAAUUGGAUUUAGUUUUGUUCGACAUGGCUCUUAAACAUCUAGUUCGUAUUUCAAGAAUUUUGAGUAUGCCAAGAGGUAAUGCUCUAUUAGUGGGUGUUGGUGGUUCAGGAAAGCAAUCUCUAACACGGCUAGCCUCGUUUAUUGCUGGAUAUGAGAUUAAGCAAAUUGUAUUACACAAGACUUACAACGCAAACAACUUCUUUGAAGAUUUAAGAGAGCUCUACAAGAUCGCAGGUUUGCAAGGAAAGCCUGUAACGUUCAUUUUCACUGACAAUGAAAUUAAGGAUGAGACUUUCCUGGAAUACAUCAACAGUAUUUUAUCUUCGGGUGAGGUUUCUGGUUUAUUCAUGAAGGAAGAAAUUGAUUCAAUAAUUAACGAUUUGAGACUUGUUGCCAAACGGUUAUACCCAACAACCAUUGGAAGAAACGAUACAUAUGAUAAUCUUUAUAGAUUCUUUAUUAACAGAGUCAGAGAUAAUUUGCACAUCUGUCUUUGCUUCUCUCCCGUUAGUGAGAAGUUCAGAAGUAGAGCUUUGAAAUUCCCUGCUCUAAUCAGCGGUUGUUCUGUGAACUGGUUCUUCCCAUGGCCUGAGGAAGCUCUUGUCAGCGUUGCUAAAAAGUUUUUGGACGACUACAAGAUUAACUGUACACCUGAAGUGAAACAAAGUCUUAUUAAGCAUAUGGCUGCCGUACACAACAAGAUUAAUGAGGUAUCACAAGAAUACUUCCAACGAUUCAGAAGAGCAGUACAUACUACUCCAAAAUCUUAUUUGUCUUUCAUUCAGCUGUACAAGGACGUCUACAAAGCAAAGUAUGCAGAAAUUGACAAGGAGGCCAAGAACGUGGCUAUGGGUCUUUCUAAACUGCAUGAUGCCAAAGAAGACGUCGAAAAGCUGCAAAUUGAAUUGAAAAUUAAAGAAAAGAAGCUUGCAGAAGCUAAGCUUAAAGCUGAAGAAAUUAUGAAACAGGUUUCAGAGAGUAAGACCAAGACCUUGGAAAAGAAGACUGAAGUUGAAAAAGAAAAGGAUAUCAUUGAAAAGGAACACAAUCUCGUCGAACAAAGCAAAAAAGAAGCUUUGGCUGAUUUGGAAAAGGCUAAACCUGCUCUUGAACGUGCUGAAAAAGCUGUUGCCUCCAUUCAACCCAAAGAUAUUCAAACUGUUAAAGCAUACACCGUUCCUGCACAAGCUAUUAAGACAGUUUUCGAUGGUGUGCUUUUACUUAGAGGUUUCCCAAUUAAUGACGUCAAGAUUGUGAACGAUGAAAAGCUUGGUCCAAUUAUUGAAGACUCGUAUGCUCAAGCACAAAAGAUGACUGCAGAUGCCGGUUUCUUAAAAGCCAUUCAACAAUUCAAGCAAGACGAAAUUACGGAUGAAACUGUAGAGUUGCUCAUGCCUUACAUUAACUAUAGCUUCUUUACAUAUGAUAUUAUCAAAUCAUCAUCGUCCGCUGCUUCAAACUUGUGUACAUGGGUUCGUGCGAUGGUUGAAUAUCACAAUGUCGAAAAGGAUGUUCGUCCAAAGAGAGAAAGAUUGAGAGAAGCUGAAGAAAAGCUUGCUAUUGCCACUGCACAUCUUAACAAGAAAAUGGAAGAGUUAAAUAAGAUUGUAGCAGAGUUUGAAGAGAAGCAAAGAAUCUUCGAAGAAGAAACUCGUAAAAAGGAAGCUUUGGAAGAAGACGCUGAACGAACCAGAAGAUUUAUGGAGCAAGCAACUAGCUUGAUUGGAUCUCUUGGAGGAGAAAGUGAGAGAUGGAGCAAACAGUCCAAUCAAUUCUCCGAUCGAUUGAAGAAGCUAACAGGAGAUGUUGCAUUAGCAUGUGCCUUUAUUUCGUAUUGUGGUCCAUUCAACAGCGAAUUCCGUAAAAUUCUUCUCUCUAAGUGCUUUUAUGCUGAUUGUAAAGAGAAAGAUAUUCCUGUCACAGAAGAGGACAAGGAUGAAAAGAAGGACAAGAUUGUUGACUUGCUUACCACUGAAGCUCAAAUUGGUGCAUGGAACCUUGAAGGUCUUCCAACAGACUCUCACUCUAUCCAAAACGCCAUUAUGUUAACCAAGUCAUCCAAAUGGGCUCUGUUGGUGGACCCUCAAGGACAAGGUUUGGCUUGGUUAAAGAAGAAGUUUGAAAAGCACAAUCUAAGAAUUGCUAGGUUGACAGACAAGUACUUUAGAAAUGUUCUCGAAGAGGCAAUUUCAAAUGGUUAUCCUCUCAUCAUUGAAAAUGUCGAAGAAGAGAUUGAUCCAAUGUUAGAUCCACUCUUGGAAAAGUCAUUCGUUGCUCAAGGUAAACAAAAACAAGUCAUUAUUCAAGACAAGGCAAUUGACUAUGACGACAGUUUCAAACUCUUCCUCACAACGAAAAUUGCCAAUCCAAACUUUAGUCCAGAACUGUUUGCCAAAUGCAAUGUCAUUGACUUUACAGUUACUAUGAAAGGUCUUGAGCAACAACUUCUUGGCUAUGUCAUCCAACAAGAAAAGGCUGAGCUUGAAGAACAAAGAGAAAAGAUCCUAGAAGACAUUAAUCACAACCAACAAAUCAUGGCAGAACUUGAAGCCAGGCUUCUUUCAAAACUUUCUGAAGAAUCCGAUAAGUCUCUAAUUGAAGACGAAGAAUUGAUUGCAGUGUUGGCUCAAACCAAGAAGGCUGCAGCUGAAAUCAAAGAAAAAUUGAACAAUGCUAAGGAUACCGAGGAGAGAAUCAACAAAGCCAGAAUGGAGUACGAAGACGUUGCAAUUAGAGGAAGCGUUCUCUACUUCUUAAUUGUAGAAAUGUCUUUGGUCAACCCAAUGUAUCAAACUUCUCUGAAUCAGUUCUUACACUUGUUUGAUAGAGGCAUAAAAACUGCUCCACCUGCUCCAGUGGCCUCUCAAAGAAUUCAUAACAUUAAGGAAACAUGCACGUUCAUCAUUUACAGAUACAUUAGCAGAGGUUUGUUCAAGAGACACAAAUUCUUGUUCCUGUUGUUGUUGACAUGUAAGAUCCAAUUGAGAGAAGGAAAGUUACCAUUCGAUCAAUUCAGUACUCUAUUGAGAGGAGGUGCCAUGUUAGACUUGAGCAAGGUCAGACAAAAAGUUGAUUGGCUUCCCGAUAUUGCAUGGCUCAAUGUGAUGAGUCUUUUCAACUUGGAGACAUUCAAGCAAUUACCUGAAAAGAUUCAUAAGAAUGACAAGUUGUGGAAGAAGUUCUAUGAUGAAGAAAAACCAGAAGAAACAAAGGUACCAGAAUAUAGUAAUUUAACUGAAUUCGAAAAACUAUUAUUGAUCCGUUCCAUAAGAGAAGAUAGAACUAUUCUAGCUGCAAUGCAAUACAUUAGAUCUGCUUUGGGACAGAAGUACCUUGAUGUCGUACCAACUUCUUUAGACAGUGUUUGGAAAGAAAGUGACAAUAAGACUCCAUUUGUGUGCUUAUUGAGCCCCGGUUCUGAUCCAACAUCUGCAAUUGAAGGACUUGCAAGAAAUCAAAAGAAGGACGUUUUGGCAAUUUCCAUGGGUCAAGGACAAGAACCAAGAGCAACUGAAUACAUACAGACAGGAUUUGCUAACGGAAGUUGGGUUCUCUUACAGAAUUGCCACUUGGGAUUGAAGUUCAUUAGCCAAAUUGAAGACAUGAUCAAGAAUGCUGAAAACAUCCAUCCAGACUUUAGAAUUUGGUUGACAAGUGAACCUCAUCCAAAAUUCCCAAUCGGCCUUUUGCAAAUGUCCAUUAAACUAACAUUGGAAGGUGAUGUAGGAAUUAAGGCAGGUAUGAAGAAUGCUUUCGAAUGGGUUACUCAAGAUAUGCUUGAUGCCUCAAAGAGACCAGAAUGGAAGCCACUUAUCUAUACUAUUUGCUUCCUCAGUUCAAUUGUUUCUGAAAGAAAGAAAUUCGGUUAUCUAGGAUGGAACAUUCCUUACGAAUUCAACUUUGCUGACUUGAGCGCUUCAUUAUUGUUCUUGCAGAACCAUUUUGCCUCAAUUGGUGACGACAUCAAGAAAGGACCUACAAUUAGUUGGCCAACUGUUAGAUACAUGAUUUGUGAUGUUCACUAUGGUGGUAAAAUUACUGACGAAAGAGAUCGUCUCCUUUUCAAGACAUAUGGCGAAAAAUGGUUGUCCCCUGAUGUUAGUAAGACAGAAUUUAAAUUCUUUGAUGGUUACACCAUUCCAUUUGUUGGAGACAAGGUACAAGAAAUUGACAAGGAACAAUUUGUGGACUUCAUUGAAAAACAAAUUCCUGCUAUUGACAACCCAGAAGUGUUUGGCUUGCAUCCUAAUGCAGAUAUUACCUACCGUACCGAAGAAUCAAAGAGUGUACUUUCUACAAUUCUAGAUGUUCAACCAAAAGAAAGUUCUGGAGCAGCUGGAGAAACAAGAGAAGAUGCUGUAUUCAGGAAGGCUGAAGAAUUCUUAAAGAAUAUGCCGGCAGAUUUCAAGAGAGACCAUGUUGAUCUUGAAAUUAAGAAACAAGGAGGUUUUGACAGAAAUUCUUUGAACGUUUUCCUCAGUCAAGAAAUUGACAGACUCCAAAAGCUCAUUAGUAUGGUGAGAACAGACCUUCAAAACUUGAAACUUGCUAUUGAUGGUGCAAUCAUCAUGAGUGCUGCUUUGUCUGAUGUUUUGAACAAUAUUUACGACGGUAGAGUUCCUGACAUUUGGAAGAAAUACUCUUGGGAAUCUCCAACAAUUGGUCUUUGGUUCUCUGAACUCCAGUCAAGACAUGAACAGUUGUAUAAAUGGCUCACAGAAGGCAGACCAAACUCAUUCCGUCUCACAGGUUUUUAUAAUCCUCAAGGUUUUUUGACUGCUGUGCAGCAAGAAGUUACCAGAUCACAUGCUGGAUGGGCUCUCGAUGACGUGGUAUUGAAGGCAGAAGUCACUAAGAUGGAUGAAAAGGAUGUUAUUGAACCUCCAAGCGAGGGUGUUUACAUUCAUGGACUGUAUCUCGAGGGUGGUGGUUGGGAUAGAACCAAUAUUCGUCUUGCAGAAUCUCAACCUAAAAUUUUGUAUACUAAGCUUCCUGUUAUUCACAUCUCAGCAGCCACAAAGGAUGAUCAAAAGAAAGAUAAGAAGAAGAAUAGCUACACAUGCCCUGUUUACAGAAAUAAGACUCGAAAUGAUUUGACUUAUAUUUUCAGUGUGGAAUUGAAUUGUGUAGAGGACAAAUCCAAGUGGAAGUUACGUGGUGUUGCAUUGCUAGGAAGCACUCAAUAA